UCAGCGUUUUCCUCUCCCAUCUGCGGAUGCAUACAGGGUUCUGGAAGUCCCUCUCGAACCAUGUAGCAAGUCAUCCCCAUGUAAUUUUCUGCAACCGAUCUCUUUCCUCAUACGUUGAACGGUAUCCUCUACGAAAAAACCAUAAAACUUCGUGUCAAAGAUGGAGGAGAGCUUGCGGGGGAGGAACGUUCUCAUAUCCGAUCGGUACUCUCAAGGUUCAGGGCUCUGGGUCAGCAAUAAGAGCCAUAUCAUGGUUCAAGAAGGUACAGAGAUCACACUUAACAGGACCGACUGUUGCAGAGGAGGAAGCGGGGAAAGCCGCUAUUCUGGAGAAGGUCAUGACGGGUCGUCAUCCUACCGACCUCAUGCUUCGAUGUACGGUGUUGGAUGCAGAAGGAAACGUGAAGACCAUCUCAGGGCAGUUCAACCGAUCUGAAAUUAGCUCGGAACACCAGCUCAACCCUCGUGAUCUCAGGAAGAUUGAUUCUCGAGUUCCAAAUCUUGUUCCCACUAUUCUUGUGAGGAAAGAAGCUUUUUUGGUUAACAUCUUACACAUUCGUGCUUUGAUCAAGGCAGACACUGUCAUUCUCUUUGACACUUAUGGGUCUUCAGACUCACGACUCCAUUCCGUUUUCCUCUACCACCUUGAACAUAACCUGAAGAUCAAGGGACCAGGCCUACCAUAUGAAUUUAGAGCUCUUGAGUCUAUUCUCCUCUCUGUCAUGAGUGCCCUGGAGGCCGAACUUGUUUUCAUCCGUAAUUUGGUCGGCGGAUUACUCGCCGAGUUGGAGGACAACAUUGACCAUGACCGGUUCAAACGUUUACUCCAUUACUCGCGAAAAUUGGUCAGUUUUCAAAGUCGAGCUAGACUGGUUUGUGAGGCCCUGGAAGAAGUCUUGGAACAAGACGAAGACCUGAUCGCCAUGUACCUUAGCGACAAGAAGAAAGGAAUGGAGCGUGAGCUUCAUGAUCAUAAGGACUUAGAAGACCUUCUAGAGACGUUCUCGAAACAAGUGGAAGAGAUAGUAAACGAAGUGGCGAAUCUAGAGGUAAGCUGACCGUUCUUUGUCCCCUUGAAUGACUUUCAAUCAGUUGAGGGAAUGAUCGUAGAGCAAUGUACAAUCUACCCAAGAAAUAGUAGAACUUAUCAUAGACUCUAAUCGUAAUGCACUAUUAGCACUUGAUCUUCAGGUAUCUAUUGCCACUUUUGGAGUGGGCAGUGGAGCACUUGUUGUUGGGGCAUUCGGUAUGAAUUUGAUGAACCACAUGGAAUCUCACCCUUUCGCGUUCUACGGCAUGACACUCUUCUCGGGUGCCCUUGCUUUCCUUGCGUCCUAUGUUUGUUUCCGCAAGUUAUCCCAUAUCCGUAACAUUGGACUUUCUAGGAACGCAGGCAGUAGCAGUCAAGUUCAACAGCGCGCACGUUGGCGACUGCCUUUACCUCUCCGCCGACGAGGCGGGGAUGGCUGGUUCUAGUACUUCACCAACUUCACCAGUCAUGUAGUGAUUUUAGGUUCAGUCGCCACGUCUCUUUCUGAGACUUUGAAUGGCCCAGAACCUGCUCUUUCGUCAAUUUAUCCACACGCCCUAGUGUUUCUGUAUUUUGGAAUGAUAUCAAGUAUGGACCUGAACGCUCAAAAAACGGUCACGAUACAUACAACCUAAAUCGACAGUAAGAACGACAGUCUUACCCAUGUGGCACAGGCGCACCCUUGGCGAUCCUCGGCUGUCGACAGCUCCAGAGUAAAAACGUUGGGGUUGGGUGUUAUGGCGGCGCGUGGGGUUCAAGAUCCGGGCGUACAUAUGUUUUAAUUUCGCAAAGGCAAAAAAAAAAGAACGUUUCACAAAGUUUCAUUGACGUUUUGUUUGGACAUCUGUUCUUGAGAGAGUAAAGAGUAUAAUUGACGUUUGUCUCUGGGCAUGCGUUUCUGCUGCUUCCCCCGAAUCCCCGUGAAUCCCGUGGCACUCGAUCCGAAGAACAUGUGUUCGUUCGAGAUGUGACUUCCUUCAAAUCUAUCAGAAUAUACAUGUCCCUUACUACAUGUUGUGGUUGUACACUACGACUGAGGACAGUAUGGUAGUAAAAGCCGGAGGUCCGCCAGGAAGCUACAACCAAACGUGGAGAUGGAUGGGAAGGAGCUGGGUCCUCGGAUCAUCGAAUCCAAAGGACAGAGGGAGGUCGACGAGGCGAGCCAGGGGCAGCGCCAACCUAUGUUCAAUAAGAUCCGUUUGAAUCAGGACGUUCACGGUCGUGUCAUGGACUCGUUCAAUGGGGGAAACACCCUCGGACCGUAUGCUAUAUGCGACGUGUACAAUCUAGGGACCUGGGCCAAAGAGCUACCAGGAGUUCGACUAUUCGGGAUGAGUGGAAUUGAAUCUGGCCCAUGUCCUCCUGAAUGCAGAGCGCGUAAUGAUGCGCGAUGUCUCAUUGCCGCCGCC